UCCCCUUCUACAACAUCCUUCGUUUCUCGAAGAUCUGCAAAAACUGAACUCGUCCAAUUUUCUCACUCCACAAAAACAGGCUACCUUGAAUCAAACCGAUGGACGAGCCAAUCGAACAAUCAACGUCACCGAGCGACCCGGAUCCGAAUCCAGUACCGACCACUAUCGUUCACCCGCGACGCGAGCCUUUCGAGCACGGCCUCCUACCAAUCCAGAAGCUCAUAUUUAACGACCCGGUUGAAGCACUAACCCCUCUAAAGCAAAAAUUUGCCUCAUCCUCAACUCAACGAGUCGACUCGGAGGCCAUUUCUGAGUUGCUCCAGAUCUCGUCGGACCACGCGCGUCUAGUCAUUGAAACUCUCACGUCGGUUCUCCACUCUGAAACCGACCCGCUCGUAGCCGCCAGGCCUGAUGAUAUCGACUCCGUUGGUGCCGAUUUGCGUGAUCUGAUCCUGUUUUUGUACAUUCAAUCGUAUAAGAGGCUUUUGCCGCGCUCUCACAAGGACUCCGCUGCAGUUGCCGAUGUCUGGCCUUCCACGUCAGCUUUUGAUGGUUUCUUGUCGGCCCUUUCGCCUUUGCAGCUUGUCCGCAGCAACAGCCGUCGAUUUAUGCCAUCACUGGCUGAUGAAGAGGCCCACCAGCUCUCCUAUCUACAAAAGCACUUGGCUAAUAUUCUCUCUCUUCUGUCAGAGCCUGUGGAGGGCGAAGGAGAAGAGUGUCUGGUUUUAACUAUGGAAGGGUUUGAGCAUCUUGGUUUCCUGAUUCAAUUUGAUGAUAAGGUAUCUGAAGGAGUUCCUUUAAGCCAAGCUGCUCCCUUUUUUGCUAAUUCAGAUCCAGACAUGCCUGCUGUACCUGUUCCAGCAUCCCAAGUUCAUGAUUGGCUUAUGAAAACUAUAGUUUCUUCUUUGGAAUGUGUUACUGAAAAAGCUUCUGCGAAAGAAAAUGGUCAUUCUAGUGGCUCUGACCUGGAUGUUGCUAUGACUGAUGCUAGUCCAAGUUCAGCCAAAGCUCCACCAAGUGUGAGGAGUCCAUGUUUUGUUGAGGGAGUCUCUAAAUCAUCAUACGUAAAGCAGGCAUCUGAUAUUAAAAAUUCUUCUGUGAAGGUGAUUAAUUGCCAUGAUUCAACUAUUUACAUUUUAGCGCCUUUGAGAUAUGCUGUUAUUUAUGGAUGCUCGGAUGCUACUAUAGUUCUCGGAGCUGUUGGCAAGGCUGUAAGAGUUGAACACUGUGAACGUGUUCAUGUGAUUGUAGCAGCGAAACGAGUCUGCAUUGCCAAUUGUCGUGAGUGUGUAUUCUUUUUGGGAGUGAACCAACGUCCCCUUGUUCUUGGCGAUAACCACAAACUACAGGUGGCUCCAUAUAAUACAUACUAUUCCCAACUGGAGGAGCACAUGACUGAAGUUGGAAUCGUGUCAGCUAUCAAUAGAUGGGACGAAGCUUUGCCAAUUGGAGCGGUUGAUCCACAUGAUUCAUUAUCUCAUCCUGCAGGUGUUUCAGAUGCUCAAACUGAGUCAGCUACACGUCUAGAUCCUGAUCAGUUCACGAAUUUCCUGAUUCCAAACUGGUUUGAAGGUGCAUCAUCUGGACCGACAAAGGACAACCCUUUCCCCCUACCUGAUGCGUACUUGACAUCUCAACAGAGAAAUCAAAAGAAUUUAAGUGAGAUAAAGCAAAUAUUGAGAGAAGUUCCUCUUGAAGAAAACCGGAAAAGAGAGUUAUCAAGUGCUCUUCAUGUGUACUUCAGAGACUGGUUAUAUGCUUCGGGAAAUAUUCGUCAACUGUAUUGCCUACAAGGUGACUGAUACCUCACAGUCAUGCCGCAUUUUCCGACAAGUUAUAGUAGAAUAGUUUACAGUUGUCUUUCGGUUUCAACCCUUUGCCAGUUCCUUAGGUACAACAGGCAGCUGAGAACCACAUAGUCAUGCCGCAUUUGG